AUGCACACCCCAUGCCGGCGCGCCCUGCUGCCUACGCCCGCCUACGGCGCGGCCCUCCUCUGCCUCCCUGACCUCCGCCCCGCGCACACCCAGCGGCCGUCGUGGCCCGCACCUCCCGCCUGCUGCUGUUCUGCCGCCGCUGCGGCCAGCCCCCUCGCGCGCCCCGCCUCCCGCCUCUGCCCCCGCUGCGCUGCCACGCCGACGUGCUCUCCAGUCCGCUCGCGCCCCACUUUCCUCCCCGCGCGCGCACGACCGCAGCGACCGUCGUGCCCGCCCGCCCUCGCCUACGCCGCCACGUCCCCCCCCGCUGCCGCACACCCCCGCGCCCACUGUUCGCUCGCCGCCUGUUUCUCCCUCCCGCUUCGUCCAGCCAAGCCCGCGGCCACCCCCUCCGUCGUCGCCUCAUCGCCGGCCGCUCCGGCCACCAGACCUGCGUCUCCCCUGACCGGCGUCGUGGCCGCCGGCGCCCUGCUGCGCCGGGUCGUGGUCUCCGCCCGGUAA